AUGGGCGACUUGCCCGAACCUCGGUGUAAUCCGACACGACCGUUUAAGCAUACGGGAGUUGAUUUUACGGGAUUUAUCCUAAUAAAGAGUAUCAAAGGACGAGAGCAAUUAAAUACGACUGGCCUAAUAAGCAUAGGUCAUGGUUGCAUGUUACGAAACAAAAUAGGUGUCAUUUAUGCUCAUAAUGAUUAUCAGAAUGAGCUCAAAACUGGACCAAUGGUAUAUUCGCCGUAUAUGGAUUCAAUCAAUAAUAUGAUAAAUGUGUCUUUAUCGUCGGAUGUUAUUGGAAUUUCAAGAAAUAACUACACCAUUAGUAGCCUUGAGAAAAUAGGCGCGGAUCUGGAACAUAUGCGGAAGGAAGCUCCCAUAAUUAGCAGUGUGACAUUCCACGACGUACAUCAGUAUAUUGCCUUAUACUCCAUUUUGGGCAUUUUCGUCGUGGUGGGAGCGAUUCUACUAUUUCGGAGGUGUCGUCAAACCGGUACGGCAGCACCCGUCCAGCAGAUACCAUCAGGCAUAGCAAUGAUGCCAAUACAGAAGACCACUGAUGUGCAGCAGGAAACAUCGAUAGUGGCAUUGGCGGAAGCAGUGGCAGCCAGUCUCGGAGUGGACUCCAAAGAGCCCACCCGGUACCGGACCCCGAAAGGUCUAAGUGUUAAUGAUAAGUGCCGCGGAAUGGUGUAA